UGGAGUGAAUAACAGCAAUAGAAAAUUUUACGUAUUAAGUUGGUUUGAUGGUACCUUGCCGCAAUUGAUAAUUUGAUGUGUCUAAAUUAUGGCAGCAUUUAUGAAUAUACGUAAAGUUAAACAAUUUCGUGAUCGAACAAACGAUUUUGGAAUUGAAAGAACAACAGUUUGUAAGACUGUAGAUUAUGUUGCACAUGUUGGAUGGCAAAAUACAGGAUUCCACCGUAAUUGGCGUACUUGAUUAGACCCAUAUACAAAUUAACCUGAAGGGCAGUUUGGCGAUGAGUAAGUACAUAAAUAGGAAAAAUGUUGCUUCAUUAAAUGUUCAGAUGACAUGUCAUGCAAUGGAAAGGAUCAC